GCAUUCACGGCUCAUACUUCGACGUCACUGGCUGCCUCCGCCGCCAUGUUGGAUCAGGAAGUAGGCAGAGUUUCUGCAGGAAUCCCGAGCCGAGCUUAACGUCAGCGGCCGUUUCGGCUCGAUCCGACUCACCUUUCCCCUCUAAAAUCCACCUUAAAUCGCGAAGUUACAUGCGGCUCGCGCCUACCUCUGUCCGCAUACGUUGUUUGUCGUCGAAUCUGAACAAGCGGCAGCCUUUUAGGGAUGACUUCUCUAACGCAGAGAACCUCGGGCCUCGUCCAGCGGAAGACCGAGGCUAGUCGCAAUGCCGCCGCCGCCGACAAGGAGAAGGGGUCUGGCGAGGAAGACGACGAGGCCCGCCGCGGGGAGGAGGAAGACGACGACAAAGGGGACUCCAAGGAAACCAGACUGACGUUAAUGGAGGAAGUGUUGCUCUUGGGCCUCAAGGAUAGAGAGGGUUACACGUCUUUCUGGAACGACUGUAUUUCUUCCGGUCUCCGCGGGUGUAUGCUGGUGGAGCUGGCCCUCAGGGGGAGGCUACAUCUGGAGCCCUGUGGGGUCAGGAGGAAAAGCCUGCUAGCCAGAAAGGUAAUUUGCAAGUCCGAUGCUCCAACGGGCGACGUGCUGCUGGACGAAGCCCUGAAGCACAUUAAAGAAACCCAGCCUCCAGAAACUGUCCAGAGCUGGAUAGAGCUGCUGAGCGGAGAGACCUGGAAUCCCCUGAAGCUGCACUACCAGCUGAGAAAUGUCAGAGAGCGCUUGGCGAAAAACUUAGUGGAGAAAGGGGUCCUGACCACGGAGAAACAGAACUUCCUGCUCUUCGACAUGACCACGCAUCCGCUCACCAACAGUAACAUUAAGCAGCGCCUUGUCAAGAAGGUCCAGGACUCUGUUUUGGACAAGUGGGUCAACGAUCCGCACCGCAUGGACAAGAGGGUCCUGGCCUUGAUCCUCCUGGCUCAUUCGUCCGACGUUCUGGAGAACGCCUUCGCCCCACUCCAAGACGACCAGUACGACCUGUGCAUGAAGAGAGUCCACUCCCUGCUAGAGCUGGAGCCCGAGAAGGAGUGCACAAAGCCCAACGUCAAUGAACUAAUGUGGGCUGUCGUGGCGGCAUUCACCAAAUGAAAACACCCGAUUCGGUUGGACUGAAAGAUCCGGUUCUGGUCUGUUAUUUAAUCGGUUGAAGGACUUCAUGAGGCAGACCUCACUUUAAUGAGACAAUCUUUUCUGGUUGUGGAGCCUGUUUAUACAUCUACUUUGGAUGGCAUUUUGGUGGUAGACCAUAUUAACACAGUGCAGUCUGAUCGGUGGUGGGCUUCACCAAGUUAAGAGUUGAUUGGAUGGAAUGAAUGAGAAACGAGGGACUGCUUUCACUCAAGUGAGGUAAGUCAUCUGCUGCUGCAGCGUCGGAUGUAUCUAAAGACGUCGACACUACGAACACGUGGCUCCCUGUUCCUGUAAGAUAACACCAGAGACAAAAAAAAGGCUUACGGCAGCAGCAGUCAUGGUGAAUAUGAAGAUAUUGGCUGGGGCCAAGUUUUGCUUGUAUAAAAAAAAAAAAAAAAAUUAGAAACCCCAUAAUUUCUCCACUUCCUCAACAUCUGGCCAGAAUCCGACUGGUUUUUGUACUGUCACACAUGCUAAUGCAAGAAGGACAGAAAGGAGCAAACUGGUGCUCUGGGCUGGCACCGGCCCUCUCCUUCCACCUCUUCAUUCCCCGCAGGGAAAACAUGCUUUGGGUUACUGAAUGUUCGCUCUUCACAGUUUGUCCUUUUUUCUCCCUCAUCGGCUUUUUGAGGGAGAAAAUAGGAAAAAAUAAAGCCGUCACUUCGGUUCCCGGUGCGUCGAAAGUGAGCCUAAAAUGAAGAAUCGAGUCCAAUAUUUUUUUUUUAUGUUGCUGUUUUCACAGGAGUCAUCUCUGAGUUUGUAGAGCAUAACUUCCUUUUCUAUUUACGUUGCUAGUCGAUGUUGCUUGGAGUAACCUCCCAUUACUUAAGUGUUUUUGCACAGUCGAUAGCCCUGCAGGUGAGCGGUAUUUGUAGGUAUUUUCUGGGUGGGGCUAACCAUUCAACAACAAUGAACUUCUUCGGAAAAAGCUUCAAGUGUUUCUGUGAAUAUUUUAAAAUCAUUCCUUUGGACUCAUUAAAAAAUACAUUUCUAUUUGUGGGUAAAUGUGCAAGAAGGUUACGAAAGCCCCCAGGUUAGAGUCCGUCUCACAGGAAAGCAACUAUGAAGCUUUGGGAAUCUUUAGCCCAACAGGCUAGUUUCAGUUCACUUAAUGGUAGAUUUUGUUAUAUAAUAAAAUAAAGACAUUUUCCCCCAUUUGACACCGUCUAGACAAAAUCGUCUUGUUGAGCUUUUGAGUUUUGCUUCCUUGUAAAUUUCCUUUUCAAGGUUCAUCAGGUUCGUAAAAUUCCAAAGCGACGUCUCGCACGCUAACUCACACGUGACUGUUCCUCAAAAACUCGCCGUGUUUUCCUCACAGAGGGGAAACCGUGAAUCCUGCAUGUGUGGACUCCACACAUCUGGUCCCCGCCAGGAUGAAAGCGUGGAAAUGUGCAAUCGGGUCGACCCCUUUUCUAUUUGCUGCUGGUGUGUGUCUCAGUCUGUUCGUACGUCUCUUCACUCAUCAGUUUCAUCAGUCAAAAAAAAAAAAAAGUCCAGUGGGCGUCUUGUAUUUUUUUAUACAUGCAGGUGUAGAGGCGGGGGGGUACUCGGGUCCAAAUGAGUCUAAAUAAAAGCAUUGGAGCUCAAAGUAACAUCAAAUGCAGUCUAGUGCAGUUCUAUUUAACUUCACCCUAUAUUUAUGAUUUAAAAAAAUAAUUCUCUUUUAGUUUAUAUAUUUUUGGAUGAUGUUACAACCUUUGAUUGCACACAUUUUUUUUUUAAUUCUUGCAAAAAUAUCAAGGGGUAUAAAGAACUUCAGAUCCGUUUACAUGGAAGAGACUGUGCAUGCUUUUGGUGGAGGGCCGGGGUACUUGCGGAUGUAGCUACAGAGAAAAAAAGGCUUGUAUGUAAUUAUUAGUCCUCUAAUGUGUACGAUCUAUUGGAAUUCAAUGAAAGGGAUCUUCUCUGCUAUCCUCUGAUUCUGUAUGCUUUUUGUAUUACCACACAAAAUAAAGUAAGGAUCCUUUAAGUGCCUGAAUUUA